AGAGGCCAUUAUUCAUUGAAUUUAAGACGGCCAUUUUGUAUUCUCUCUUCGGAGCCAUCUCACGAAGUCAUCAGACGUACAAAUGACAUCAACAGACUCAUAGGAAAGAUUUAAGACCUUCAAGAUGCCACCCAUGAUCAGCAAACUGUAAGCACUGCCUAUAUCUCUGGAACUCCUGGAUGUGGAAAAACUCGACUCGGCCAAGAGUUCUUUGCAACAAAGCGCGACAUUGACGGCCUUACAUUUGUAGCGACACUGAAUACAGAAGGCAUCGAGACUAUUGCUACAUCUUACAUCACCCUCGGUAAACAUCAGGGAAUCACCAGAUAUUCCCUGAAGAAGCUUGAAACCUCACGCAGAGAAAGUCCGUCGGAGAAAAUUCAGUAUCUCAAGCUUUUAAUCUUGAAAAAGGUUAGGAAGUUUUCAAAAUGGCUAAUAAUAGCUGACAACGUUAUCGCAUUAAGUGUUGUUCGCAGUUUCCUUCCCCAAACCUCCAGCGAGGAAUGGGGUCACGGUCAAGUGUUGUUCACCACUCUAAAUGGAAGUUCCAUUCCCUGUAAUACUAAACAUACCUAUCAUGAGUCAUUCAGCCAAGGAAUGGAGGAAGAUGAAGCAGUUAACCUUUUGAAAUGCAUAUAG